ACAACCACACACCGGUACACUGGUCUGCACAUUUGAGGGUAGGGCUCCCAUCUGGGCCACGAUAUUGGAUCAGGUCUAGAUACUGUUCUCCAACAUCCGCGGACUUUUUCCCGGUUUUAUCAGGGCACUUGAACCAGGCUAGGAAUAACAUGUUUUAUGUACCCCGGGAGUAAAUAUCUAUAUUGGAACUGCAUCUGUACAAGAAAAAUCAAUUAUAAUCGCUUUGCUAUUGUUCCUCUGCAGGUUUUGACUAGAGGGUGUCUUGGAGUUUUGUUAUUAAUCGGCUUUGACAUUACAAACAUAGUAGCUACUAGAGACUUACGAAAUGAGAACGAGCGUAUUUCAUCGAUACACGGCAGGCCGAUUGCUAUCAUAGAGAGAAACCAUGUGGAAGAGAUGCGCUGUACGGCCACAGAGCGCAGUAGUGAAUUAACGGGAUCCAGUUGUCAAAGAGGUUGGGAAAAUAAAUUCAGCAAUUUUAAUUGAAGUUGUAUAAACAUAGCAAUCUGGAUGAACUUUCUUGGAUGAUCUUGCACUUUUCCCGUGUUUUUCUUCAGUUGUGCAUUUCCCCGUAAGAUAAAUACCUGUGGAAUUAUCACCUAGCGGUUGGCGGGGAGCAUCAAUAUGACAGGACCUACGAUGAAUCUGCCAGGCUCGGAGUCUGUGAUCACCGUGUGCUUCAUAACUUACUGCGUUGGUUUCACACAAUGAACGAUUUGAAUAAAUUGUAAAUUGUAUUAAUGUGUGGUGUUGGGGAUUUAUUAGGGACUCUGCUAGUCCUACACAAAGAAGACACAUCCCCAGGAUGACUUGUCAAUGCUUCAGAAAACUCAUCUCAUUUCACCUGGCCGGACUGUUAUUUCUUCACUGUGUGUUUUGUUUACCUAGAGAAAUUAAGAUUGGAGGCUUAUUUGGCCAUGAAGAGUCCACUACAGAGAAUGCGUUUAAGUACGCGGUCUACCGAAUCAACCACGAGAAAAACCUACUGGGGGGAGCCACACUCAACUACGACACACGCCGCCUGUCGGCAGAAGAUGCCUUUACAUCCUCCAUGGACAUUUGUGAUCAAAUCACCAUGGGUAUCUCCACACUUUUGGGACCACGGUCUCAGCAUCUAGCCGCCUUCACUGACACCAUGUGUUCACAUCUACACAUUCCACACAUCGAAUACCGGGAAACGACGCUUGCGCAGACGUUGCUUUCCGGUUUUUCCAUUAAUAUCCAUCCAAAAUCAGACCAGUUAGCUAGGGCGUACAUUGAUCUCAUUGACAGCUAUAAAAUGAAAUCAGUUCUCCUCAUUUACGAACAUCAAGGAGGAUUGCUAAAAAUGCAGAAUAUAUUGCAUGAAGUAACAAAGGAUGUGACGAGACAAGUAUUCAUCCGCCAAGGCGAUAGCUCCAACAUCCGGGAGGUUCUGAAAGAGGCCAAGUCCAAAUCCUGGACCAACAUCAUUGUCGACAUGAACAUCUCAAAUACUGCCAUAUUGCUUAGAACGGCUCUCCAGGAGGGCAUGAUCGACCCAUAUCACCAUUACAUUCUGACAACUCUGGACAUCGAAGGGAUUAAUUUGUAUGACUACAAGUAUAACUAUGUGAACCUUACUGGAUUCCGAUUGGUUGAUCCCAAUGACGAGUACACACGUGACAUCAUAAAAGAAAUGUAUUACUACGAAAGAGACACGGAACUCAAGCUUCUAUACGACAAAGAUUAUAACACGAUCCCAUACGAAUCAGCGUUAGUGUUUGAUGCCGUGCUGCUAUUUGCCAAAGCAUUACGAGACCUGUCCAGGGACAAAGUCUAUAUUCCUGCUAAUGUGUCAUGUGAUGGCGAGGAUGUCUGGCGAUCGGGGAAGGAUCUAUACGAUUAUCUGCAAAAAACAGAAAUCCGUGGAUUAACGGGAGAUAUUAGAAUCCUGAAGGGACGUCGCCAAACUUUUAGCCUGGACGUUAUGCAGUUAACGGAAGAGGGGCUCCGAAAGGUCGGCUCGUGGAAUUCCAACACAAAGACUGGCAUUAAUUUCACCCACCGCUACAUCAAGGAGAACUUCCCAUUCGGAAACAAGACCUUGGUAGUGACUACCGUUCUUAACUUAGAUCGUCCAUUGAUAGUGGCCACAAAAUUGGAUAAGCCCUACGUCAUGAUACGUGACCUUGAACCCGGGGUUGACCGCUCUAAGCUAGGCAAUGACCUUUACGAGGGAUUCUGUGUGGACCUACUGAGAGAGAUGGCGGCCAUUGUUGGGUUUGAGUACAAGAUAGUUCCGGUCGACGACGGGCUGUAUGGGAUGCUAGAGGAUGGGAAGUGGAACGGCAUCGUCCGCGAACUCAUUGAUAGGAAAGCCGACAUUGCGGUCGCUGCUUUGACCAUCAGCUAUCUACGAGAACAAUACAUUGAUUUCACUAAACCAUUCCUCAACCUUGGCAUUAGCAUUCUCUUUAAGACCCCUGAGAGGAAGAAGCCCGGCCUGUUCUCCUUUCUGAACCCCCUGGCCGUGGAGAUAUGGGUUUACGUCAUAGCGGCCUACAUGUUAGUCAGUUUCUGUAUAUUCGUGCUGGCGCGGUUCAGCCCCUACGAGUGGUACAACCCCCACCCUUGUAACCCCGACACAGACACCGUACAGAACACCUUCGACCUGUCCAACAGCUUCUGGUUCUCCGUGGGGACACUAAUGCAGCAGGGCUCGGACAUCAACCCACGUGCCAUUUCCACCCGGAUUGUUGGAGCCACGUGGUGGUUUUUUACACUGAUCAUCAUUUCAUCCUACACUGCUAAUUUAGCGGCGUUUUUGACUGUGGAACGAAUGAUUUCUCCGAUAGAAAGUGCAGAGCAGUUAGCAGCACAGAGCUCUAUUGCAUACGGGACCUUGGAGGGAGGGUCUACAAUGACAUUUUUCAAAGAUUCCAAAAUCGACACCUAUCGUCGAAUGUGGCACUACAUGAAGACCAAGGAACCAACCGUGUUCGUGAAGAAUGCGCGUGACGGCGUAGAGAAGGUUUUGGCGGGAAACUACGCCUACCUUAUGGAGUCUACGUCCAUCGAAUACGAGGUCCAGCAAAACUGUGACCUGAUGCAAGUCGGAGGUCUGCUGGACUCUAAGGGUUUCGGGGUAGCCACGCCCAUGGGGUCCCCACUGAGGGAUAAGCUGUCGCUGGCGAUCCUUCACCUACAGGAGGACGGGAAGGUCCAGGAGUUGUACAAUAAAUGGUGGAAGGGGACCGGCAAAUGCAUGUCUGACCGUAAGGCCACCGAGUCGAAGGCGAACGCGCUGGACGUCAACAAUGUGGGUGGUAUAUUUGUGGUGCUUCUUGGGGGACUAGCGAUUGCCGUCCUGGUGGCGUUCUUGGAGUUUAUCUGGAAAUCCAGGAAAAACGCCCAGGAAGACAGACAAUCAUUGUGUUCCGAAAUGAUUCAAGAACUAAGGUUUGCAGUUCGAUGUCAUGGUUCUUCGAAAAAAUCGAAAUCCAAGCGGGCAUGCGCAAAGUGCAAAAAAGGACACUCAGCUUCCUGUCCACUAACUGUUGGUAUGCCAAAAGACUCAAGUUCAUCUAACGGUAUUCUCCCUCUCCGAGAACUCAGAAAAUCCCCCGUGUCAAGGGGUAGAGAUUUCGCUUUUGGGGAAGGGUCUUACAUGCAUGUGGAGUAUAGCGAUACAGAGACGUGACAAAUAGUGAGGACCGUCACAAAACGGAAAUUUUGUCAGUGUGCCUUAAUCCACCAGUCUCAAUACUUCAUUGAAUGAUGUGCAUUUUAUCGUUAGAUCGCCCUGUUCUACGAAAGUGAUUUCAUGUUUGGAUCAUCUUCACGUUCUUUGCCGGAUUACUUGUGAUAGUCUGUGAUAUAAUUCCAUUGCUUCGUUGAUAUAUAUUGCUGUUUAUCUUUCAUUUUCACCAAUGCAUUUUUAUUUCUAACAUGGCCAUUAACUCCAUGGGUGUUAUUCGCAUUGCGCAUGCCAUGUGAAUGAAAGGAAAUGCAUUACUGUUUAUUCACAAGAUGAAAAAAAAAUGAAACUUUAUUGUUAAUGUUUUUGAACAUGUUGCAGAUGUGAGAAUUUGGAUUUUUGUUUUUAAAUGUCGAUGAAUUAGUUAUCUACAGUACAGUAUUUUUAUUCCACAUGAAGCUUUUUUUCAGUAACAAUAGUUUUUAUUGACUAUUUUAUUUCUCCACAUGGAGGAAAAUUCCGUUGAAUAUUAAUAAAAUAAUAAUUAAAAACCAAUC